AUGUCCAAUUCUACCUUGUAUAAAACCUUUUAUAAUUUUUUACUCGAGUCACCGCCAGCACAUAUCACAGUAUUUUCUGUCAUUUAUCAAGUAGUAGAGGAUGAUACGUGGAAUUCAAAAGAUGAUUUAAGACAAGCGGUUCACCAGGCAGUUACAAAGCUAAAAAGCAGUUAUGAUAAGAACUCAGAAAAGUAUAAAAAACUUGAUGAAAUCUCUUUGAAAUUCGAUGAUGCAUAUGAAGGUGUAUACAGUCUUAGGAAUAUCAGAAAAUCAAACCAAGAAGACGAACUCACUCUGAAUGAAAUCAAGACGAACUUGCGAUCAUUAAAAACUAAUCUUGCAAGUAGCGAAGCUCCAUAUGCACAACAUUUUCAAAAGUAUUUAAAGAAAAAGAAGAAUACCUCAAACCUAUCAUGGGAAGUCCCACUUGCAAGUCAA